AAAAGUUGACGAGUCGGCAGUUUUUCCCCACAGACGCAUGUUUGCAGUAAAAAAGCUGCCAUCAUCAGCCUGACCUCCUGGUCUCUGCAGACAGAAACUACCCGAGAAUAUGUCGAAUUUAAUGGAGAUAUGCAGCGGUUUACCUCUGGAUCCACUGCCACCCAGUCAGGGAAGAGAUCCUAAUGUGCCACAUGCACCAGUUCGGACCCCAAACCUCACGGCUCAAGAGGAACGACUGGCUCUAAGAAAUGCCCUGAGAUAUUUCCCGCCCUCCCAUCAUGCAAUGCUCGCACCUGAGUUUGCCCAGGAGCUCCGUCAGUACGGCCACAUAUACAUGUACCGCCUGUGCCCCACGUUACGGAUGAGAGCUUAUCCUAUAAAUGAGUAUCCCUGCCGCACACGCCAGGCAGCAGCUAUGAUGCUGAUGAUCAUGAACAACCUGGACCCAGCGGUGGCUCAGUUUCCCCAGGAGCUUGUCACCUAUGGAGGGAAUGGGCAGGUGUUUAGUAACUGGGCCCAGUUCCGCCUCGUGAUGCACUACCUGAGUGAGAUGACCGAGGAGCAAACUCUGGUCAUGUACAGCGGACAUCCCAUGGGCCUGUUCCCCAGCUUGCCUUCCUCGCCUCGUGCCAUCAUCACCAACGGCAUGGUUGUUCCAAAUUACUCCUCGAGGGAUCAGUAUGAGAAGAUGUUCGCACUCGGUGUAUCACUGUACGGUCAAAUGACAGCAGGGAGUUACUGCUACAUCGGACCUCAGGGGAUUGUUCAUGGCACUUUGCUGACUGUGCUGAAUGCAGGCCGGAGGUACCUGGGCACCGACGACCUGAGGGGGCGAGUGUUUGUGACCUCUGGUCUGGGCGGAAUGAGCGGAGCUCAGGCCAAAGCUGCGGUCAUCGCUGGCUGCAUUGGUGUGAUCGCUGAGGUGGAUGAGGCUCCGCUGAGGAAGAGACAUGAGCAGGGCUGGGUCAUGGAGGUCACCAGCAGCUUGGAGCAAUGCAUUAAACGCAUCAGAGAACUGAAAAGCACCAAGACUCCUCUCAGUUUGGGUUACCAUGGCAACGUUGUAGACUUAUGGGAAGGGCUCCUGCAGGAGUUCGACAACACAGGAGAACUCCUGGUGGAUCUGGGCUCAGACCAGACGUCGCUGCACAACCCCUUUAACGGGGGCUACUACCCAGUCCCGCUCAGCUUCCACGAGGCCAACCAGCUCAUGUCUACUGAUCCGGGCCGCUUCCGGAGCACCGUCCAGGAGAGCCUCAGAAGACACAUAAAUGCCAUUAACAGACUGUCAGAUGCGGGCAUGUUCUUCUGGGAUUAUGGCAACGCUUUCCUCCUGGAGGCCCAAAGAGCCGGCGCAGAGGUCACCAAGGCUGACGGAGGAACGACAGACUUCCGCUACCCUUCUUAUGUUCAGCAUAUUAUGGGGGAUAUUUUCUCAUUAGGCUUUGGGCCGUUUCGCUGGGUGUGCACAUCUUGUGAUCCCAAAGAUCUGGCUGUCACUGAUGAUAUUGCUGCUAAUGUUCUCGAGGAGAUUGCUGCCAACGUGUCAGAUCGCAUUAAACAGCAGUACAGUGACAACAUUCACUGGAUCAAAGAGGCUGGAAAACACAAAAUGGUUGUGGGAUCUCAAGCCAGAAUCCUCUAUUCUGACCAGAAAGGACGGAUCCGCAUAGCUUUGGCCAUGAACCAGGCUGUCGCUGAUGGAAGAGUCUCGGCGCCAGUGGUUAUUAGCCGAGAUCACCAUGACGUUAGUGGCACAGACAGCCCUUUCAGAGAAACCUCCAAUGUGUACGAUGGCUCAGCUUUCUGUGCAGACAUGGCGGUCCAGAACGUUGUUGGCGAUGCGUUCAGAGGUGCCACGUGGGUCGCUCUGCACAACGGUGGAGGUGUUGGCUGGGGCGAGGUCAUUAAUGGAGGAUUUGGUCUGCUGCUGGACGGCUCAGAUGAGGCAGCAAAGCGCGCCAGCCUGAUGCUCAGCUGGGAUGUCUCCAAUGGGGUGGCUCGUCGUUGCUGGUCUGGAAACAGAAAUGCCUACGAGACCAUCCAGCGCACCAUGGAGGAGAACAGGCAGCUGCGCGUCACCAUGCCCUGUCCAGUGCAGGACGAACGUGUGUUGGACCAUGCCCUACAGAGCUAACUACCACUUCAGUUUAGAUCAACUACAGAUGGAUAAUUACAGCCACACAGUGGAGAAAUGUAGCCGCUGCAGUCACUUCAGUUUAUCUAAAUGACGCCUCAUCCAACAGUUAGAACUACUCUCUGCCCACGAUGAGAAAUCAUCUGCAAAGACGUCAAAUACACAGAAACCCUAAGUGGGGCUGGCAACGUGCAAAUAAAAAUGCUUGUUUACAAAUUCACCUACGUUAAGAUUAACCUUUGUGAUGUGGCAUAGAACAACAAAUAAACAAGAUGGAGGUCUACACUCAACAGGAAGAAGCAGCAAAAAGCAAAGUUCAUUUCACAGAAAAUAUCAACAACGAAGAAAUGAUUAAAGAAGCGUGUUGGUUUUA